CUCCAGAUCAAACCCAAAGUAAUUCAUUUAUUUGCUCCGCUAAAACGUACUCUGUGAACCAAUUGUUGUAUGCAUAAAUAGACAAUAUGGAAUGUUGGAGCAGCCCCUUCAUCAAUGGCGAUUCUUCUUCCAACUUCAUCUAUCCUUUCCAUAGCUUUAACAAUGUUUCAGGUACAAUGGUGGAGACACAAGGAGGUCCGCUUCAUGAACAUUAUUAUGCGGCUCCUCCAGCAAUGGUUGAGAGCAGUUAUGGAGAAGCAAGCAACACCGUCAAUGGUUAUGAGACCAAGAAGAAGAAGAUGACUAGCGAGCAGCUGAAGUUACUAGAGAUAAGUUUCCAAGAAGAGAUGAAACUGGACCCGGACAGGAAGAUGAAGCUGUCCAAAGAACUCGGGCUGCAGCCAAGACAGAUUGCGGUUUGGUUCCAGAACAGAAAAGCCAGGUGGAAGAACAAACAACUCGAGCAUCUCUAUGAAUCACUAAGGCAAGAGUUUGAUGUUGUCUGCCGAGAAAAGAAGUUGCUACAAGAAGAGGUUAUACAGCUGAGGUCGCUGAUAAGAGAGAAUGGUUCGCAGCAAACGUGGGAAACAGCUUGAAACGAGGCGUUAUCAACUCAGUUCCAACUCAAGUAGAUGUUAAACGUGUCCUUUUUUUUUUUAGUUUUGAAAGAAUGUCAGGUUCUGUUUAUGUUUUGGGGAUUUAGUUUAAAGUUGCUUUUCAAGAAAAUAGUGUUCUGUGUUAACACACAAGACAUUGCUAUUGGAGAACAUUAAAGUCAUGAACUAAUCAGCAAUUUCAUAGAUUCAAGUUCUCUCACUCUUUUUUUUUUUCACACUGAAACUUCCAUUAAAUUUAGAAAGAUGCAGAAUUGGGAUACAUG